UGCAGCCGAGGGGAAGAGACUGGGGCGAGAUGUGACAGUCUGGAAAGUUAGAGAACAAAUGAGAGAGUGGAGCAGAGGGUAGAACUUGUGCAGGAGGAGCAGAGAGAGGGGGAGGGUCGGGGAGGCUGAGAGACUGAGCAUCAGAGUGAUCCACCAGAGAGAGAGGCAGAGAAGGAGCAGAGACAGCUCCGGACCCCCAGCUGAUGCCAUGCAGCCCUGUGCCAGCUGAGCCUGCCCUGCGCCCCCAUGGCUUCUGCCCUCCUGCUGCUCCUGCUGCUGCUGGCCCCGGCUCUUGGGCUUGAGCUGGUCAACAGGUUCUUCUCCAGCCAGCCCACCAACAACUUCGCCCUGGACGGUGCCGGGCACCGGGUCUACCUGGCAGCCGUCAACCACCUGUACCAGCUGAGAGGGGAUCUACGCCUGGAGCUGGAGGAGCAGACGGGACCUGUGCAGGACUCCCCCCUGUGCCAUGCCCCCCAAAUCCCAGAGUCCUACUGCGAGUUCCCCAAGACCUGGACCCCCAACUACAACAAGAUCCUGGAGCUGGACCCGGACCAGGGGCUCCUGCUGGUCUGUGGCUCCAUUCACCAGGGGCUCUGCGACUUACGCGCCCUGGGCAACCUUACGCGGCGCGCAGUGCCCUUCCCCCCGCGCAAUGUGGUGCCCAGCAUGCUGAACGUGGCUGCCAAUCACGCCAAUGCCUCCACAGUGGGGCUGCUCCUGAAAAGCCAAGAAGGUGACACCAGGCUCCUGGUAGGGGCCACCUACACCGGCUUCGGGAGCCAGUUCUUCUCCUGGAACAACAGUGUGGCGGAUCUGCGCUUUGAAAACAGCCCUGAGAUCUCCAUCCGGGCGCUGAACACCAGUCACCCCUCCAGGCUCUUCACCUUCGACAUCAGCCCCUCGGAUGAUAACAUCUUUAAGGUCAAACAGGGCCACAAGGUGCAGAACCGCAUGGUGUUCAUGCGGGCGUUCCAGCAGGGCGGGUUUGGUUAUCUGGCCAUGAACGUUGACCCCGCCUCCACGGAGAAGGAGAGCCUGCCCAGCAGCGUCCUAGCGCGGAUCUGCCUCAAGCCGGAUCCCAGAGGGGAACCGCGGAAACUCACUGAAUCUUACAUUCAGCUAAGGCUGCGCUGCGAGGGGCCCCGAGGAACCUUGUAUGGGCGCCUGCUGUCAGUGUAUGCGGAGCCUGGGCGGAUAUUCGGGGUGUUCGAGGGGCGGAGGGAGGCUGCGCUCUGCGCCUUUGGCCUGGAGGAAGUGGGGCGGAAGAUCCGCGGGGCGCGCAGUGGAUGCUUCGAGAGCCGGGACAAUGGAGAGGUUUCUGUGCUGGCCAGUGUGGUGCAGGGGAGCGGGCCCAGCUGCGAAUGGAGGAACAACAUCAAGGUAAAGCUGCAGGAAGAGCAGUUGGACUGUGGAGCGGCUCAUCUCCAGCACCCGCUAGCUAUCAAUCGCCCUCUGUCUGCCACAGCGAUCUUCAAGGCUCCCGGAUUGACCUCGGUGGCAGUGGCCAAUGUCGGCGGCUACAACGUGGCAUUUCUGGGCACGGCCGGGGGGCAACUUCAGAAGAUUAAUAUUGAUGCAGACAUGAAUAUCAUCAGCAGACAGUCUAUACAGAUCGCUCGGGGGCAGCCGGUCCACCACAUCAUGCAGUUUGACCCUGUGGAUCCCACCUACCUCUACGUGAUGACCUCUCACCAGAUGACUCGAGUGAAAGUUGCCGACUGUGAGAAGUUCCUGACCUGCUCAGAGUGCCUACAAGCUGCCGAUCCCUAUUGCGGAUGGUGUGCCAUGGAGGCCAGGUGCUCCAUCCAGCAGGAAUGCCGACAUUCGGAGGACUCCAAGUUCUGGACUGGACCGAGCAGAGAUGGUGUAGACCUGUGCCCUGCGCUGCAGAUUAUCCCUAAGGAGAUCGACGUGUACUCCGAUACCAAGACAAUCCUCUUACAAAUCACGGGGAAUCUUCCCAGCCUCGCGCUCAUGAACACGUCCUGUGAUUACGGGAAUGGCGCGUUCAUGCCGGCGAUCAUCGUCUACGAUGCCGAUACUUCCCAGCAAUGGGCCCAUUGUGCCUUCCUUCCGAAAGAUCAAAUCCCAGCAUUCCCUGAAAAUCGAGAUCACGUGACCAUUCCCAUGGCUGUGACUGUAGACGGCAUCAAUAUCGCUCUGCAAAGCUUUGUGAUCUAUGACUGUGAAAGGACACAAAGGAUCCACUUGAAAACAUCGUGCACAAGCUGUGUGACCUCCCCGUGGCCCUGUACGUGGUGCGAGAAGCAGCACAAGUGCAUGUACAACGCAUUACAAUGUGACAUUGCUGUCAAGAACAGCACAGACUGUCCGCAGAUAACCACCAGGCACAUUGCACCGACGCCGACGGGGCUCGCGAAGGACUUCAUCCUGUCUGUGGCAAAUGUCAACACGCCCCAGGAUCUCGCCUUGGAAUGUGACUUUGGAGGAGAACAGACUUUCCCAGCCAGAUGGUUAAAUUCCACGUCCGUCCUGUGCAGCAACGUCCUGCUCCACACGUCGGAGAGCAGCCGGAAAUUCCCAGUCAAUCUGCAGCUAAUGGACCAUUCUGGACAAUUUCUGGACAAUCCGGACACGCUGACUGUUGAAGUCUACAAUUGCGCUUCAGAAGCCACGGACUGCUCCCGAUGUCUUGGACGGACAGAUUUAGGACACCUGUGCACAUGGAGUGAGAGCAGCGCCUCCUGCAGGCUGAACAGUGAACUGCUGCCCAUCCAGAACACCUGCCCAACCCCAGAGAUUAGGAAGAUAGAGCCGGUGAGCGGCCCCUUGCUCGGAGGCACGUUGCUCACCAUACAGGGGCGCAAUCUUGGGAGUCGCUUUAGCGACAUUGUUGACAAGGUGAAGAUCGGAGACGUUCCGUGUUACCCCGUCCUGGAGAGAUACCUGGUGUCUGAAGAGAUUGUGUGCGUGACUGGAGAGUCCCCAACAGAGCUCAGCGAAUGGGUGUCCGUAGACAUCAAUGGGAGAGGUCGAUCCAAGGAGAAAUAUUCCUUUAUGUUACCAGAAGUCUUCAGCCUGUCUCCAGAUUUUGGCCCCAGAGCUGGAGGAACAAAGAUUACCCUAUCCGGCAACCAACUGGACAUCGGUGGAGAAGUCCGCGUUCUGUUUAACGAAACCCUGGACUGCAACGACCUUGUGCGAACGGAGAGCAGUAUCCGCUGCACUGUUCCAGCAAUGGGGUCCAUUCCCAGCACGAGCGUCAGCGUCUGUGUCCAGUUUGAGCGAAAAUCAUGUCUGAACGGUAACCUCACGUUCCAAUACAAGGAAGACCCGGUGAUCAGAAGUAUGGAGCCUAGGAGUAGUCACAUGAGUGGUGGCCGGAUCAUCACGUUGACUGGAGAAAGGUUUGAUAUGGUACAAGAUGUGAAGAUGAAGAUUAUAAAUCACAAGGGAGAACUUAUGAACUGCACCGUUCUCAGCGACGUUGUGAUCAUCUGCCCUUCUCCCACUGCCCCAAACUCCACAUUGGAGAGAAAAAAUGUCAGUGUGGGCUUCUACAUCAAUGGCGUCUAUGUGUCUGAUGAGAGAACCGACCUAAGUGAUGACCCAGCUGCAGAAGAGCAUUUAGAAGAGAGAUUCAGCCUGGAGUAUCAGCCCGAUCCCAUGUUCUUCACCGCCAAGAAGGAGAAGUUGAUCAAGCACCACGUCGGAGAACCGCUGACCCUAGUGAUACACAAAGAACAUGACGAUCUGGGCUUGAGGGUGGAAGAAUACCAAGUGAAGGUUGGACAGAUUCCCUGCGAGCUGAUAGUUUUUAAUGACAAAGUUAUCCACUGCAGCAUCAACGAAUCACUAAGUUCUUCAGACCACUACCUACCUGUGACAAUACAAGUGGGUAAACUUAACCAGACCAUCACCAUGCUGCACCUGGCCGGGAUAGAGAUGCCGAUCAUCAUCUCCAUAGUCGUCUUCAUCGUAUUGUUGCUACUCUGUGUAGUGGCCCUCUUUGUUUUCUGCACCAAGAGCCGCAGGGCUGAGCGCUAUUGGCAGAAAACUCUGGUGCAGAUGGAGGAAAUGGAGUCCCAGAUACGGGAGGAGAUCCGGAAAGGAUUUGCAGAAUUGCAGACUGACAUGACAGACCUGACCAAGGAGUUAAACCGCAGCCAGGGAAUCCCAUUCCUGGAGUACAAACAUUUUGUGACUCGAACUUUCUUUCCAAAGUGUUCCUCCAUCUACGAAGAAUGUUACAUCCUACCCCCCAAAAACUUCAACAACCAGCUGGGGAUACAGGUCCCGGAGACGCACCCUUUACUGUGCUCAGAAUGGAAGGUUCCAGAGAAUUGCCGCACAAACAUGGAGGAAGGAAUCGCGACGUUGUCCACCCUGCUCAGCAACCGCCACUUCCUGAUCACUUUUAUCCAUGCGGUCGAGGCGCAGAAGGACUUUGCCGUGCGAGACAGAUGUAAUUUGGCCUCUCUGCUCACCAUCGCCCUCCACGGGAAGCUGGAGUACUACACAAGUAUUAUGAAGGAUCUGCUGGUCGACCUCAUAGACUCCUCGGCUUCCAAAAACCCCAAACUGAUGCUGCGCCGGACAGAAUCGGUGGUGGAGAAGAUGCUGACCAACUGGAUGUCCAUCUGCAUGUACAGCUGCCUGAGGGAGACGGUGGGGGAGCCGUUUUUCUUGCUGCUCUGCGCCAUAAAACAGCAAAUCAACAAGGGAUCCAUUGACGCCAUCACAGGGAAGGCCAGAUACACGCUGAAUGAGGAAUGGCUGCUGCGAGAGAACAUUGAGGCCAAGCCCAUGAACAUCAACGUCUCCUUCCAGGGCUGCGGCAUGGACUCGUUGCCUGUACGCGUGCUGGACACGGACACCGUCAGCCAGUGCAAGGAAAAGAUACUGGAAGCUUUCUGCAAGAACCUGCCCUACUCACAGUGGCCCCAAGUGGAAGACGUGGACCUAGAAUGGUUUGCCUUCAGUUCGAGGGGCUACAUCCUCCGAGACCUCGAUGACUCGUCCAUCAUGGAGGACGGGAGGAAGAAACUGAACACUCUGUCGCACUAUAAGGUAUGUGACGGCGCAUCGCUGGCGAUGAGUCUGAAAGAUCAACGCGAUGAUAACACCCUGGGGCGAGUGAAAGACUUGGACACAGACAAGUAUUUUCAUUUGGUUCUCCCGACUGACGACAUUCUAGAAAAUAGGAAAUCUCACCGGCAGAGUCACAGGAAGAAGGUCCUGCCCGAAAUCUAUCUCACCCGCCUGCUGUCCACAAAGGGAACCUUGCAGAAAUUCCUGGACGACCUCUUCCGAGCCAUCCUCAGCAUCCACGACGACCGGCCGCCCCUGGCUAUCAAAUACUUCUUUGACUUCCUCGAGGAGCAGGCAGAGAAGAGGGGGAUCUCCGACCCAGACACCCUGCACAUAUGGAAGACCAACAGUCUCCCCCUGCGCUUCUGGGUGAAUAUCCUGAAAAAUCCAGAAUUUGUGUUUGACAUGGAGAAGUCCGACCACAUGGACGCCUGCCUGUCGGUCAUCGCCCAAGCCUUCAUCGACGCCUGCUCCAUCUCCGACAUGCAGCUGGGCAAGGAUUCACCCACCAACAAACUGCUCUACGCCAAGGAGAUUCCCGAAUACAGGAAGAUUGUGCAGAAAUAUUACCGUCAGAUCAAGGAGAUGAGCCCCCUGAGCGAGCAGGAGAUGAACGCCCACCUGGCCGAGGAGUCGCGGAAAUACCAGAACAAGUUCAACACCAAUGUGGCGCUGGCCGAAAUCUACAAGUAUGCCAAGAAAUACCGCUCACAGAUCGUCAAUGCCCUGGAAACAAAUCCCAUCACCCGACGAGGCCAACUGCAGCACAAGUUUGAGCAACUGAUUGUCCUGAUGGAGGACGAUAUCUACACGUGCAGCAGUGACGCGUAGAAGGGUCGGGAUGAAUCCCCAGCUUCUUCUGAAGGCCAAGGUCUUGUUGCAGAAUUGGUGUUGGUGGAGCUUCCAAUCAUGGCACUACUCGCCACCUCCAAGAUGGCAGAUAUCAAUGACCCUCAAGGUGUGCACUGGACUCUACAGACAGCAGGCUCAAGAGGGUUAGAAGUCAUCGCCCACCACAUCUACUUGAGGAAAUUUCAAGACUUGGACACUUAAGGACAUUAUCGGCCAUGAGCUGACCAAGAAGUGUUGGGUUCUUUGGGUUAUGCUCUGGACAUACUCAUUGUGCCAGUCCCAAAAUAUUUAACCCCUUACUGUAGGCCCAUGGGGCAUGUCACUUCCCUUCUCGGAAAGACUCUUCCAUUGUCCUCUUCAACAAGGUCUUCGAAACCCAUCAAAGCUGCAAGGGCACAACCACUGGAGUUACGGGUCCGUAACUGACUUUGGGUCUCAUACACACCCAUCACUCUGCGAGUGCCUUAUAGUCCUAGAUCUCAGCAUACUUACAGGGAGUGUAGUGAUCUCCAGGAUCUAGUGACACCAUUUAACCCUUGGAAAGAAACAUGUGGCGCUUGUCACUGUACACUCAAAUCCAUUCCAGGGGAGGGGGGGGGGGCUGCUAAGCCUGGUGAUGCUGUAGGACUUCUUUUGCAUCAUUGGAAAUGUAGUUGUGGUUGGCCAGAUGAAUUUGGAAGCUUCCAUGCCCUUUUCUCUUGAGCAGAAUAUCCAACCAUUGGUGGCUACCCUUUGCAAGGUUUGAGGAUUUAUCUGCUAACUUCCAGCCUAGCCCUUUAAAUAUGGCUGCUCAAUCCAGGAUGCCAUCACAAAAACAUAUCACUAAUAUAUAACAGCCAUAUGUUGAAUGCGGUGAAGAUCUGCUGAGCAGAUUGAUCGCGCACCAUGGACCUGCAGCCAUCACAUGGGACUGAACCAAUAAUGAUGCAAUAGAUCAAUGAAGGGGAGAGGACGUGGUCAUCCUGUAGUCAGCGCCCAGAGCUAGUUUUAUUAAAUAAAACAAGGCAGGGCCCACUACGCGCCAUUUUUGCCCCUAGUCUCAAAAUUCCCUGGUGGUCUAGUGGAGUAGAAGGGUUACUUGCCAAUUCAGUGGUCUAGGAGCAGAAGGGUUCCCUUGUGGUCUAGGGGAGUGAAGGGGGUCUGUGAUAAUGUUCUAGGUUGACAACCUUGAACUUGAGGGUGUCAGGAAUGCCAUAACAUUACGGUGUCCAGUAAUGUCGCUGGUUCUGUGGGUGAAGCAAUCAAUGGUCACCUGUCCCAUUUGCUUGUGGUUAAGUGAUGUAUACACAAGUGGUAAAACCUCCAGUGUCUCUGCACCUGAUCAAGUGCCACAGACAGACUCCAUCCUCUCGUGGAUUCUGCAAGUUCCAGUUGCCCAGCACCAUCUGACUUCCUGCCUUGGGGACCACCUUCAAGGACAGCAGCGAUGUAUGCACUGAUGAAUACAGUAGACUGCCUCUCCACACUGCACAGACUUGUUUAGGGUCUACCCACCGAGCAGAGGAGGCACAAGAAGUCUGCACCCUUCAAGCUUUAAACAAGUGCCACCAAUGUCACCUGCAAUGCAUUGUGGGACACUUCCAUGCAGAGAAUGGCACUACCUAUUGUUACCCCAGUCUGGAGAACACAGACCAACAAUCUCAAGUAUGGCGCUGGGAUAAUCCGUCCAGACAACAACCACCACCCUCCACAGAGUAACUGGGCAGCAGUAGAUCAGGGUCUGAAAUUCAGACUUUAACCCUUUAAUGCCUCUGGUGGCAGGGGCCCACGCAGCGAGGCGAUUAUGCACACUGUAUGUAGAUGUAUAUAAAGCCAGAUCCCUUUAUGUAUUAAAGUCUAUGGUGACAUUGUGUUCUUUGUAAUAAAAUAUUUAAAGUCUGA